AUGUCAUCUUCACUAUCACUGGAAAAUAUUGAUACUAUUAUUGACGACAAAUCCUUUUCGGAUGUCGGCGUUCAGGUCGACCUCUUAUCUCGUCAUUCAUUUCAAAAUAAAUCACAACAUUUUAUAGAUUUAGGCUAUGAAUCCCUUCAUUCGAGUCCCAAGUUAUUAAUUACGGGACAAAAGUUUCAUUCAAAGCAUUUUGAUAAUAAUAAUGAAGAACUGGACGAUACUAUCAGCGAAAACAGCAGUUCUGUAAUGAUAUCCAAAUGGAAACAAAAGUUUUCAAAAUUUCGUUCAAAAUUAAAAUUCAAAGAUAAAAAUACUGAUAUAAAAAGUGCAAAUGAGCUAAAAAUUGUCGAAAAAUAUGAUAUCAAUAAUAAAUUUGAAACAACAAGUGGUGAUGAAGAAAGACCCGAAUGGAGCAAAAAAAUUGAUUUUCUUCUCUCUAUUAUUGGAUUUGCUGUCGACUUAUCCAACGUUUGGAGGUUUCCAUAUCUGUGCUAUAAAAAUGGUGGUGGUGUAUUUUUGAUUCCCUAUACAACUAUGCUUAUAUUUGGAGCAUUGCCUCUAUUUUUUCUCGAGCUAUCUGUGGGACAGUUCACCAAAUGUGGACCCAUUAAAAUGUGGGAUAAGUUAUGUCCACCAAUGAAGGGCAUCGGCUAUUGUUGUGUAUUGAUCUCGUGGUACGUCUCCUUCUACUAUAAUGUUAUCAUAGCGUGGACUACAUAUUAUAUUAUUAAAACAUUAACAUCAGGUGAUCUGAUGCCAUGGCAGCACUGCGAUAAUGAUUAUAAUACUGCUAAUUGUUUUUCGGUAUCACAAAUGCAAGCCAUUGAAUGCAAAUCUAACAUUACAUAUAAUAAGGCCAACAUUGAGRCCACAGAAUAUACUGAUUGCCAUAAAAUUAAUUUAACGAAUAGGAGUUCACCCACUGAAGAGUUUUUCUGGAGAGGACUUUUGGAAAUUGACAAAUCCGAUGGAUUAACAGGAAUGGGAACUCUUAGACCCGAACUCAUAGGCUGUUUGGUUUUGGUCUUCUGUAUCCUAUACUUCUCAUUAUUCAAAGGUGUUAAGUCAUCGGGAAAGGUGGUUUGGUUUACAGCAACCGCUCCAUACUUUAUAUUGACUAUUCUUUUAAUAAGAGGCCUAUUUCUUCCCGGAGCCGUUGAGGGAAUAUUAUAUUACAUAAACCCAAGACUGGAAAAAUUAUAUGAGGCGUCGGUAUGGGUGGACGCAGCCGUUCAGGUCUUUUACUCAAUUGGUGUCGGAUUUGGUGUACAUCUCACAUAUGCCUCAUUCAAUAAGUUUCAUAACAAUUGCUAUCGCGAUUGUUUGAUAACUGCGAGCGUCAACUCUUUGACAUCAUUUUACUCGGGAUUUGUUAUCUUCACGUAUUUGGGUUAUAUGGCUAACAGUAUGAAUAAAGAGAUACAAAAUGUAGCCUCAGAGGGAUAUGGUCUGGUUUUUCAGGUCUAUCCCGAAGCCAUAUCUACCCUUCCGUUUGCAAAGUUUUGGUCGCUUUUGUUUUUUAUUAUGCUUUUGACAUUAGGACUCGACUCUGCGAUGGGAGGACUCGAAGCAGUUAUCACAGGAUUAAUGGAUGAGUUUAAGAUCAAAUGUCUUAAACGCGAACAUUUCACAGCAAUUGUCAUCUGCACCUCAUUUUUUGGUGCACUCGUUAACUGCACUCAAGGUGGCGGAUAUACAAUGGUUUGGUUCGACAGAUAUUCGGCCGGAAUAUCGCUGUUAUGUUCGGCUAUGUUUGAAGCCAUUGCUGUCACAUAUUUUUAUGGAUCGGAAAAAUUUAGAGAUGACAUUAAGUCAAUGAUUGGACACCGACCUCAUUGGUGUUGGGUAUUAUCGUGGAAAGUCAUAUCUCCCUGUUUUCUUGUUUGUGUUAUAGUGUUGGAUGUAAUCAAUUCUGAACGUCUCUCGUUUUAUAACUAUGACUACCCGUUAUGGUCUGCGGUGUUGGGCUGGGGUUUCACACUUUCCUCUGUAUUAGCCAUACCUUUCUAUGCUUUCAUUUGGUAUUUCUGGUUAAGACGUCGGGCCAAUCCCAAUGCAAAUACCAAUUGUGUUGAUUUGAAAGAGAUCUCUGAAAGGACAGCAAUAAGUGUGAAAAACGAUUUGAAUGUCGGCUCUAAUUGUUCGCCAAUUUAUGUCUGAUUUGUUAAUAAUGUUUGUCUUAAACGGUCUGAUUCUCAUAUAAUG